UGUGGGUGCCGCGCGUCGGUGCUUUACGGUCCCUCGGUCUUCCGUCCGUGCGCAGGCGCGGAGCCGUUGCCCGCGGCGCCUGCUCGAGCCCAGCGGUUUGCAGCACCGCCGGGUCGCCCAGGGGCUGCGGGGUGCGGGCUGGGACCCCUGCGCGGAGGCUCGGCCCAGCCUCAAGCCCCGCUGUCCACCAGCCGCGGCGUCCUCCCCGCGAGCCCCCCGCCUGCCAUGGCCCUGGCGUCGCCCUGCCUGCCCCGUGCCGGCAGUCCCCUGGUCAUCGUGGUGCACGGCGGCGGGGCCAGCAACAUCUCCAAGGACCGCCGCGAGCGGGUGUGCCAGGGCGUGGUGAGAGCCGCCACCACUGGCUACUGCAUCCUCAAGAACGGCGGGAGCGCCGUGGACGCUGUGGAAGGGGCCGUGGUGGUCCUGGAGAACGACCCCGAGUUCAACGCAGGUUGUGGCUCUGUGUUGAACACAAUUGGUGAUGUUGAAAUGGAUGCGAGCAUCAUGGACGGGAAGGAUCUGUCGGCAGGAGCCGUGUCCGCUGUCCGCUGCAUUGCAAACCCCAUCAAGCUGGCCCGGCUGGUGAUGGAGAAGACAUCUCAUUGCUUUCUGACUGCCCAUGGCGCAGCAAGAUUUGCAGCCUCCAUGGGGAUUCCACAGGUUUCAAGAGAGCACCUGGUGACGGAGAGAAACUUAAGACACCUGGAAAAAGAGAAAAAAGGCCAACAGAAGACAGACUGCGAGAAAAACUUAGGAACCGUGGGCGCUGUUGCCUUGGACAGCAAAGGGAAUGUGGCUUAUGCAACCUCCACGGGGGGCACCAUUAAUAAGAUGAUUGGUCGCGUUGGGGACACACCGUGCAUCGGAUCUGGAGGUUACGCCGACAAUGACAUUGGAGCCAUUUCGACCACGGGUCACGGGGAGAGCAUCCUGAGGGUGAACCUGGCCCGGCUCACCCUUUUCUACGUGGAACAAGGAAAGACCCUGGAAGAGGCUGCAAAGACGGCGUUGGAGUAUAUGAAGUCGAAGCUCAGCGGCUUGGGCGGUGUCAUCCUGGUGAACAAAAAAGGCGACUGGGUGGCCAAGUGGACGUCCACCUCCAUGCCCUGGGCAGCGGCCAAGAAUGGCAAGCUGUACUGCGGCAUCGACCUGGGGGACACCAGAGUCACUGACCUCAAGGUCUCGUGAGGAUGGGCCCCGAGUGGAGGUGGGGGGCC